AUGAACACUACCGAGAUCUCCGAUCACGUUGUUACCCUCGUUAACGCUGCGGGCGAACAAUUCCACAAGAUCCCCGGCUCCGCGAUAUUCCUGCGCUACGUGAAGUCUAGCUACCAAAAUGAUCCCGUUCGAUCGGCGGUGGAAUUGUUCUUGGUGCUCUUCGCGAUCAGGUAUUUACUGGCUCCCACAUACAGCACGAAGCCCAAUUAUGUCAAGCUGAGCGAAGAGGAGAUUGACGAUCUGGUGGACGAAUGGCAACCGGAGCCCCUGGUUGGCAAAACCACUCCUUUCGAAGAAGCAGAACUGGAGAAAAGACCGGUGAUCAUUGGGCCAACUGGACCACGGGUCAAGUUGUCAAACGGACGGACCGUCACGAACCUAGCCUCCCUGAACUUCUACAAUUUUAAUGCGAACGAAAAUCUAAAAGAGCGUGCUAUCCAAACGUUGCGUACAUAUGGUGUCGGACCUUGUGGCCCGCCUGGAUUUUAUGGCACACAAGAUGUCCACAUGAAAGUCGAAGCCGACCUCGCCGCUUUCCUAGGUACACAGGCGUGCAUCAUAUAUGCACAAGCAUUUUCGACAAUAUCGUCAGUCAUUCCAGCGUUCAGCAAGAGAGGGGAUAUCAUUGUGGCGGAUAAGGGGGUGAAUUAUUCCAUCAGGAAAGGCAUACAGAUCUCGCGAAGUAACGUGAGGUGGUUCGAGCACAAUGAUAUGGAAGAUCUGCAAAGAGUACUGGCAAAGGUCACCAAAGAGCAAACAAAGAAGCCCUUGACACGGAAAUUCAUCAUUACUGAGGGGAUAUUUGAGAACUCGGGCGAGAUGAUCGACUUGCCGAAGAUUAUCGACUUGAAGGCCAAGUACAAGUUCCGACUCAUCCUGGAUGAGACAUGCUCAUUCGGUGUUCUGGGACGGACUGGACGAGGCAUUACCGAGCACCAGCACGUCGAUUCGGCCGAGGUGGACAUCAUUGUCGGAUCCAUGUCCGGGGCACUAGCCGGUGCGGGUGGCUUUUGCGCUGGCUCAGAUGAUGUUGUUGAGCAUCAGCGGAUUACUGCAGCGGCAUACACUUAUUCGGCUGCUCUACCAGCCAUGGCUGCCGUGACGGUAAGCGAGACGGUCAUGAUGCUGCAGACACAGCCCGACCUACGAAUUCAGUUGCGGGAGAACCUCAAAGCGAUGUGGGGUCAGCUUGAUCCCCGGAGCGAUUGGAUGUAUUGUACCAGCGUGCCUGAGAACCCCAUUAUGCUACUUGUGCUCAAGCCCGAGGUUAUUUCCUCAAAACGGCUAGGGAUGGAAGACCAGCAGCAGCUCCUACAGGACAUUGUAGAUGAGUCUCUUGCGCAAGGCGUCAUGAUCACAAGGGUCAAGGCACUAUCACCGGAUCCAAGCGGCGCUAGGACUCAAAUCCAUGUCCAACAGCCAGCGCUCAAGGUGUGCUUGACGAUUGGGUUAACCAAGAAGGAGAUCGAGAAAGCGGGCACGAUCAUCAGACAUGCCAUCACCAAGAUCGUUUCCCGAAAACGGUAG